GCGGCUCUCGGAGGCAGAGGAUGGGGCAGGUGGAGUGACAGAGCGGGGCAGACCAGGCAGCUCCCAGGAGUGGGGGGAAAUCCCCCCCUUCGCGUAGCCCUUGGAAAGAGGGGAGGUGUGAGGGGGGCCCUCCCCCCGCCCCCUGGAAGCGAGCGGGUCCUGCCUGGGAUCUUUAGUUAGGAGGAUUUUGUGCAAACCGAUCUGGGGGCGGGAGGGGGGGGGGGGGUUUCCUUCUGCCUUUGCUCCUGGCGUGUCCGGCCCGGCGAUGGAGCCCCGGGGCUGCGUGUGAAGCCGACUCAGCCGCCGCUGAAGUGGGGCUGGGACCUGCGGGGCGAGCGCUGCAAAGAUUUUUUUUUUGGAGGGGGGGUCUCUCUUUUUUUUUUUUCCCUCCCCCUCUUUGCACAACCCUGAUGAGUUGCUGAGGGAGGGGAGGGGGCUGAUCUCCCCCCCCACCCACCCACCCACGCGCACACCUACCUCCCCUGCCAACUCCCACCCCGCCUCGCUUGGCAAGUCGAUGGGAGCCCUGGACCCAGCCUCCGGAGCCAGCAGCCCCGCGCUCACCAUGCUGAAUGGGACCGAGAGCCAAAGUUUUGCCAAGGAGCCGCUGGAUCUGCAGGGGCCCAAGGAGCCGGGCGAGCUGAAGAUGGGCUUGCAGGAGCGGUUCUACUUCCCCGACGCCCCGGCUCCGGAGGGCUGCCCGCUGAGCCUGCCCUACAGCGCCCCGACGGUCCCCGGGGGCUUCGGGGUGAGCAGCCCGGCCGCCGCCCGGGCGGCCCCCGGCCGCUUCCUGAGCCCGGCCCUGAACAGCUGCGCCGCCUACGGACCCCAGCCGCCGCCCGCCGCCGCCCAGCCGGGCAGCCACGGCUUCGCGCUGCCUCCCGGCGAGCUCUACCCGGGCGGCGGCGAGCUCUACCCGGGCCCGGCGGCGGGGGAAGGCUGCUACCCGGGCGCGGUGCAGCACGUGUUCCCGCGGGGCCCGCUCUACCCGGUGCCGGGCUACCAGCUCUCCGGCAAGGUCCAGGUGGUGCUCAACAACUACCCGCUCUGGGCCAAGUUCCACAAGCACCAGACCGAGAUGAUCAUCACCAAGCAGGGCAGGCGGAUGUUCCCGUUUCUUAGCUUCAACCUCUCCGGGCUGGACCCCGUGGCUCACUACAGGGUCUGCGUGGACAUCGUCCUGGUGGAUCAGCAUCACUGGAGGUACCAAGGCGGGAAGUGGGUCCAGUGCGGCAAGGCCGAGGGGAACAUGCCAGGUAACCGGCUGUAUCUCCACCCCGACUCGCCCAACACCGGGGCCCACUGGAUGCGCCAGGAGGUCUCGUUUGGAAAACUCAAGCUCACCAAUAACAAGGGGGCGUCCAAUAACAUCACACAGAUGAUCGUGCUGCAGUCCCUGCACAAGUACCAACCGCGGCUGCACGUGACGGAGGUGAAGGAGGGGGAAGGGGACGAGGCCUACCCUUCCAGCAACACCCAGACCUUCAUCUUCCCGGAGACGCAGUUCAUCGCCGUCACGGCCUACCAGAACGCCGACAUCACUCAGCUGAAAAUCGACCACAACCCCUUCGCCAAGGGCUUCCGGGACAACUUCGACUCGAUGUACACGACGGCAGAGGGCGACCGCGUGACCCCGUCCCCGCCCGACCCCACCAGUUGCCAGCAGCUCCUGCCCGGCAGCCGCUUCCCGUCCUUCCUGCACGAGCAGUACCCGCUGCCCCAGAGCCGCUACUACAAUGGGGAGCCCCUGCAGCCCAAGGAGCCGCCCCGCUGGUACUUCGCCUCCCAGCAGCCCCCCGCCGCCCCCCUGGAUUACGGCGCCUACGACGGCGCCUACAGCGGGAACAAGUACAUGCCCUUCGGCGUGAAGGCCUUCCCCCUGCCGGCCUCGCCCCACGCCCCGCUGCCCUUCUACCAGGAGCCCCACCCCUUCGGCUCGCCGCCCGCCGCCUGGCAGCCGCCCGCCAAGCCCAGCCCCGGGGCGCUGGGCUGGUUCCGGCCCGUGCGGGACGCCAGGCCCCCGCCCGGCGGCGAGGAGAAGGGGAAGGACGCGGAGGGCUGGGCCGAGCCGGCCUCGGUCAAGUCGGUGGACUCCUCGGACUCGGGCCUGUUCGAGGCGGAGUGCAAGCGGCGCCGGGUGUCGCCCUACGCCUCCAGCGCCGAGAGCUCGCCCCCCGCCCGCAACGGGGACCUGUACGACAAGGAGGGGGGCGCCGACCCCGGCUACUACGGCUUCUACGGCAACUGAGGGGGGGCGGGGAGGGAGCGUUUUCCUGGUGCUGGGGGGCUAGAGGUCCCCCACCCCGCCCCCCCAAAUCAUAUCGGGUGUCCCCAGGGAAAGGGUGCGAGGGGGGCGGUCGCUGCAGACAGGCGCAGCAGAGGAGGUGAAGGUGGGGGGGGGGUGAAGCUUCUCUUAACCCCCCCACAGUUGCACAGUUGGCGGGGGGGGACAGGGGCAGGGGGUGAGCGUGUGCCCAAACCCGGUGUGUGUGCCAGGCUGGGCCCCGGCUGGCCCGCGUUCGUGCAUCGGCACGUGCGCAAACGCCCUCGUGAACGCCUCGGUGCUCACACCCAUGUGCAUUUACACACAGACCCAUGCCCCAGUCAUGCACGCGGGCACCCCCCCCAUACCCCUGCAGCCUUCCUCCCCGCCCCACCCCUGCUGGUACACCGUUAAUGCGGUUACCCUGCAGCCAGCCAGGAGACCAGCCGAGGCUGCAGCUCUGGCCUGACCCUGUGUAUCACUGAUGAGCACCUGUCUUGCCAUCCCCAGGCCCUGAUGGGCUGGGCACAGGGGCACAUUUCCCCCCCCCUCGCCCCCCUGCUGCCCUCCGGCGGCGAGCCCCUCCCUCCGUUGCACCAGGCACCUUCCGCCCCCCACCCUGCCAAGCGUGUCGAGGGUUCGAGCACCACAGCGGCCUCGUCCGUGCCCAUCGCAGCCCCCUGCAGGAAGGAGCCGAACCACGCGGGUGGCCAAGGCUGCGCUCCCCCACCCCCCCGCCCCCCCUGGGCUCUGUGGUGUCGGUUUUGGGGAGGGAGGCUGGGGAGUGAGUCCUGCACCAACCUUACCCCAGCCACUGGCGGUGACCCCGGGCUGUCCCCUGCCCUCAGCUCAGGGGAGCAGCGAAAGCAAAGUGGGGGCCCUGCCUGACGGGCCCUGGAGCCUGGCAGGCUCUGCCCCCCGUUUCCCCCCCGCCCCCAGAUUUGUCAGACUGCCCUUAACGUAAGAGCCCCCUCCCUGUCUGCCCCGGGUCUUUGUGUCUUUGCCUCAUCUCUGGGGCCGCUAGGUUCCCCCAGCUCAUGGGGCAGAGCAGACAGGGCCCCACGGGCGCCGCGACCCAGCCGUGCUGGGGGGGGGGGCAGGCCUUCAGUGCCCCUGGCAAUGCAGCCAGCUGGAUGAGGCACCCAGGGGCGCUCCCAGCUGAGGGGUGCGGGGCAUCCCCACCACACACACACACACCCACCUGCUGAGACCCCCCUGAGCCCUGCUGGGGGCGACUCACUCCCCCCCCCCCAGCACCAACCUGGCAUCAUGGGCCUGUCCCACUGCUGCCAUGCACUGUGGGGAGCGGGGGGGGGGUGUUGUGUUGCCUUUCACCCCCCCCCCCACCCCAAUCCCUGUCCCGUCCCUUGGCUGUGGCCAGCCCCUGUGCUCAUGGGUUUGGGUUUGUGGCAUCCACAAAAGUCCUGGACUUAUGUCUCUGCCCAUCAGGCCCGCUGCUGGGGUCCUGACCGUGGUGCUCCUUGGGCGGGGGCCUGCCAGGGGCAGUUCUGGGGACUGUCUGAGUGGCUCCAUGGCGGGCGGGGGGG